AUGAUUAUUUUCGUCUGUACGACACAGACAUUGCAAAAAUCGCUGAACGCACAGCAUGAGAAGUACCGAAAAGCUCAUACGAAGUUCGCACAGAAGAAGCAUUGGCGUCCAAAUUUUGAGACGCAAACGGCGGCGCAUCAGUUUAGUAACCUCGCAAAUGUGGCGGCAGCGAACGAUGUACAGUUUUACGCAUUUAAUAGACCAGUGAAGCGCAGAUAUAAUCUACAAAGUUUACUAACUAGAAAGCCGCAAAACAGCGAAAUUUAUGCGGAGCAUGAUUUUGAGCGAAAUGCGUCAAUUACUGGGACUAAGGAUAUUGACUUGCACUCAGAAUCCAAUUACAAUAGCGCCAUGGAAAAUGAAAUACGUAUACUACGUCUCAUGGAAGAGCUUGUCAAAAUGAGUAGCCUGGUGGACAAAGAGGUGACACCGCCCGAGGUUGUAGUAGUGAAAACUACUGCAGAAAUUGGUUCAGAAAUAAAGGAUGAAGGCGCACCAAAAGUUGACAAAAACAAUUCAUUAAAUGACAGCACAGCAAAAACUACGAGUGAAAAUUUGAACAAAAGCACAACAAAUUUAAUUAGGGAAAGCACAGUUGAGUUUGUGAAUGAAGUGCAAAAUUAUACAGAAAAUGCAAACAGGACAAUAGAAAUGAACAAUUUGAUUAAUGAAGCACAAAAUGCAACAACAUCAGAAGCAACUAACAAUGCAGCUAAGAAGGGAACAACCGCACUGGAAGAUAACUUGGAAGUAUUGUUGGACUCGCGACAGGACUUGGAUGAGAGUAAAAGGAAGGUGUAUACUAAACAUGAAGUUAGUAGUCAUCCUUUAAAUAAUACAAGUACAUUGCAGAAGGAAACGAAUAGUGCUGAAGAACAAGAAAUGUCAAAAGUUAUUAAUUAUGCUAAUGUAAAUGACAAUAAAAAUAGAAUCAACAAUGACUUCGAUAAAAAAGUGGAACUGGAUAAAACAUUAGUUAAUGAAGAAAAUGCAAUAAAUUUAAUUUAUACGAAACCAAUUAAACAGACAGUAAAAGUGGGAUUGGAAGAUUUAAUUGAUGAAUUGGAAGCAAUUAUUGAUAAUACGAGCGAAGAAGUGCAGAACGAAACUGUUAAUGAAACAGAUACUAAUAAGUCACUAGAGGUACUACAAAAUCCUGAGUUGGUUAUAAAGAAAGAAUUAGAUAAGGUUAAGCUAAAGCAUCAAUUGGAUUAUUUGCAGUUGAAUGGUCCACAAAUAAAGGAGCAAAAGGAUGUUAUGGAUAGGAACACAGAUCAAAUUGAUGGAGAAAUUUUAAAUACUUCUGAGGAAAGUACACAGACCAUGUUAGAAAAUGGUUUUACUUUGGAAUCAAAUACAACGGAUCAAGAAGUAGAUAAGUUUUUGAAUGAAGCAUUAGAAAACUAUCAGAAACAAACGAAGCAAAAAGUGUUGGAAAGUGCAAUGAAUUCAAGUAAUGUGGAAAAGGAUGAGUUUGUAGGAAUGCAAAGUGCAGUAAAUGCAAGUAGUGUGUUGGAUAACGAGUUAGUUUUUAUAAAUAAGAACGUUGAAGAAAUUGAAGAAGCAAUAAGCAGUGACAGUGAAAGAAAUAAAUUUAAAAAUAAAUAUACAAAUACAAUUCUUUAUAAUCCUUUAGCAGAAGUAAAAAAAAUAGAUGGUUAUUUACAUGGAAACGAAACGGAUGGAAGUCUUGGAAAAAUAAGUGCGAAGGACACUUUUAUAAAUAUGGCAAAUUCAACUACAGGAUAUUUAAGCGAAAAUAUUGGGAUUAAUGGAACAAAUGUUAAAGAAACAUUUACGGCUAAUUCAACUAUAGGAUAUUUAAUUGAAAAUAUUGGAAGUAAUGAAACAAAUGUUAAUGAAAAGAUACUUAAAGAAGACCCUAAGACUGAAAUGCUUUCAAAUGAUAAUUUCAAUGUACAGAAAAUUAUUCUAAAUACACCACUAACAAAUAAAGUAAUCAAAAUGGGAGAUUAUUUAGUUGACAAUAAAGCAGUUCCUACUGUUAAUAUAAAUGCAUCUAUACAAAAUACUCAAAUGUCUAAUAAUUCUGAUUUAGGAUUAUCAAAAACUGUCAAGCAGCCAAUGAACUCAAUGGAUUUUGCCAUUAAAGCAAUUGAAAAAAAUCUUACAGCAAUUGACAUUGUAAAUGGUACAAAUCUCAUUACAGAUAAGAGUAGCAAUAAUUUCAUGAAAAUCAGUAAUUUAACAAUAAAUUCCCUUUCAGACAAAAACAAUUUGUUGCAUGCAGCGAACUACGAAGACAACAUAAAUUCAACAAAAAUGAAUGCUGCUGUCAUGGCGAACGAUUUUAAGGGUAUCUCUAGUAAUAAAAAUAGCGCGACAGCAAAUCUUGAAGUCAAUAACUUCGACAUUAAAUCAAAUACAAGUGAGAAAAUGGAAGAUUUAUUUACAACUAUUGCAACACCUACAGCAAACGGUACGACAUUGUUUGGAAAUGUGACUUGGUCAAGCGCAACAAAUCCAAUUGUGAAAGUAAUCGAUGAAACAAGUGUUAAGAUAUUAGAAGGGAACACAAAGUAUGUUGCAGGUGUUGACAAUUCAAGCACAAAGUUGGAGGAAGAAAUAGUAGCUAUAAGUUAUUCACCUACUUUAGAGAAUAACAAUCAAACGAGUAGUCAACUUAAUCCAAGUGAAAAAGGAACUGGAUAUAAUAAGUUAAAAUUCAAUAAUAUUACUAAUAAUGCACAAUAUCAACACGAUUCUAUAUAUCAUAACUUUAACAUAAGCGCAGAUAUCGAUGUGGAUAUGACUGCUAUACAUAAAAUAUCUGCAAUGCUAGAUACAACUGCUGCUAUACCAAUUCCUAAUGUUCUAAAUUUAAGCUCCAUAAUCGAAGACUUAAAGCAAAUUGAAACAACUACACAAAUAAACUCGAAUGAGCAGUUGCAAAUACCAAAUAUUGCAGUAACUGAUAACAUAAGCAGCACAAAUGGCCCCACAACCGAUACAAUGUUAUCAAAUAAGCCAGUUAUCCAGAAAAAUGGUACUUUCUAUCCGGUGGUAAGAGAUGAACAACAAAAUCAUUUGGAACAUGUAACAACAGAACGCACUGUUACAUUGCCCAUAAAUUCCAUUGCACCUACAGCAAGUAUUGUAGUUGGUAGCCACAUACAGUACGCUAAAAACAACAGUGAAUCUACUGAAUUGUUGUCUCCCGUAGGGAAUCCACUAAAAUUACCUGUAACAUAUGCAACAGUCGGUAUAGAACAAACAAACGAAAAUGGAACAUUCGUCACCAACACAUCAGUUACACCAGUUACACCAGACACAUCAUCCACAACAGUCAUAUCAACUACAGAGAAGGAACUGGAGCACUUGGCUAGUUUAAUAGAAAAGUACAUAAUGCAAGAGACUAGCAAUAUUGAGAGUUCAGAACUUAUUGAACAACAACAAUCAACAGCCAGUGCAAAUGACAAGGCUGCGGCUAGCAAAAUCCACUUGAAAAAUGAUGGCAAUGCAAAUAUUAAUACUACUUCUGCUCCAUCUCUUUCUACUGUUGACAAAAAUAAUAAAAAUAUUAUUAUGACAGCUGCAAUUAAAGCUGAAAAUAGAAAUGACACUGAAAAACAUAAUAAAACCAUUUUAAAAACGCUACGAGAAGAGGUGACCUCCACUGUAAAUUGCUAUACCAACACAGACGUGACCGAUUUGGCAGCGGCAAGUGACAGUGCUGCAACAAUUAAAGAUGAAAAAAGUUCCAUUGAAACUAUUAAAGACAAUGACACUGUGGGUAACGACAAUGUUGAAAACGAUAACAGUCACACACUUCAGCAGGAGCAUAAAGUGGACUACAUUGAUCCAGCAAAUGUCAAAGAAAUGCCCUAUAAGGACAUCAACGUGCAAGUGCAUAAAAAAAAUAGUGACAGCAUAACACGUACAAGUGGUAAAGAAAUGGAAACAAAUAAAAUGUCAACAAUUGAAAAUGAAAAAGAAUCAAUAGACAUUUCCAGUGAGGAUAACAAACAAACAUAUGACACUCAAAACGAUAAAAAUCAGAAAAAUAAUGAUGAUAAUGCUUUUAGCAAUAAUCCUGAGCAGCCUAAUAUGUCACAUGACAUUAAUCAAGAUGAUACAGAAUUUGGUAGUGGUGACGAUAGUGAUGAUAGUGACGAUGAGGAUGAUAAUAAGAAAUCUUAUUAUACUCUAACUUUUGACAACACUGUUGCACGGAACUCUUAUGGUCAUUUGUUGAGUAGUGCAAAAAAUACAGAAACUGAACUGCCAAAUAUCAGCGUUAAUAGUGCGAAAAACACUAAUAACAAAUCCUUUGAGUUAAAGAAAAAUCAAAACCAAUUCAAUACCGACAACGAUACCACAACAGCUCAGUUGCAUAUAGAAAGCAGUAGUCCAAUAUCAGAUAGUGUUGCUACUACACCGUAUAGCAGUGGUGACAAACGCAUAAAAAGUCAAGCGGAAAUUGCACCGACAAAUUGGUGGCGUACGUUACCAUAUGCGGAAAUUAGAAAAUUUUUGAAUACCAUAUUCGAUAGUGCAGCCGAAGAAUUGUAUGAGGAAAUCGCACGGAAAUCAAAGGAAAUACGAAAGGGACACAAACUUAACAAUCAAGAAGAUUCGCUGGAUGCAACAUUGACACAUAAGACGAAUAGUGAGAAUGGUGGUUACUGGUCAUAUUUGUUUAGUAGGUGA